CAAAGAGAAGAUUGGAAUUCUUCUAUGAUAGUAAGAGAGAGUCACGAUUAAACUCAUCGAUCGUUCCAGCAAUAUUUGAAGGUAAUUAGAGAGAAGUACGCGUGAGUUGGGUAAUUCUUCAGGAAAUGAACUUCUCUGAUAGGAGAUGGACUGAAGAAGAAAAGAAUUCUCCCCUGGUUCCUGUUGUCACAUGUCUGGAACUCAUUCCUCAACGCUAACGUCAUGGAACUGACUCAAUCCAUCUCGCUGCACACUUUGAUGGGCCUGAAAAAAUCACGUGCUUCACAUUGUCAGAAACUGCAUCGUAAAGCUGCACUCUGCUCGUUCGAAUUCGAACAACUGGACGUUGAUAAACGAGCAGAAUUCCUCUCCUGAGGUGAUACGCGUGCAUUCCGAAACUCCGAACGUUGUCGCCCAGCAAACUGCAUCAAGAUUUCCACGAAACAGGAGGCAGUGAAAACUCUACUCAUCAUCUCGACGAAGUUCUGAUCGGAUCGAAAUAAUCUCAGUGCUCAUCGAACUUGAACUUCCAAGCUCACAAACUGGUCAUCGGUGCUCAGAGCUCGGUGAUUACAGCCCAGAACAGCACGGUUUCAGUUGUUUUCAGUAUCUUCAAGCAGCAUCUUCCGCAUGAAGGACCGCGUGUGGGUUGCAGAGAAGUUGACAAUCAUCUUUCAGGACUGGAUUUUCAGAAAAGCGGACAGAGAUACUGAUGUCUGCUCCUUUGGGAGAUCCUACCAUUGUCCAGGCUUCAGAUCUUGAAGAACGGGGGAAGUCGAGCUUGCAAGGAUAUGCAUAAUGUGCAUGUCCAUUCGGAGGAAUCCAUCUUCGGCAGUGCGCGAGAACUGCUCAGAGUGGGCAGUUCCUGGUCGAAGUCGAUGAUCUCCGAGUCAAGCCAGUAGAUCGAUCGAUCGAUCGAUCGAUCUAUCACGUGGCAUCUUAAGUGAAAUCAGUCGAUCGAUCAAUCAAUCAAACAAACCUGUUGGUACCGAUCAACUGGCAUUUCCAACUCCAGUGAUUGGAAAAGGCUGAGGUGAGGCAAGGGCAGGCAGUAUGAAAGUUAAAAGUGUGGACACGAUGGAAGAGGCCGCUGGCCUCGGAUUGACCCGGCAGCAGCUGGCGGAAUUGGGUGCAUUCGGAAUCGUCUGGGAGUCCAUCGAUCUGUUUCAGCGCCCUCCCCUACCGUCGGUGCAGUUCGCCAUCGUCCUGCCUUACACUGCCCUCUUUGUUAUAGUUCAGUUCCUUCAAGCAGGCUGGCUACUCUCUCUGCUCCCGAAUCCGGCUACUGCUCAGGCUCAGGCUCCGCCUCAACUCAAUGCUCCUCCUCAGGCUCCCCCACCUGUGGCGCCACUCCCCGAUCUGCCUCUGCUGCUGUGGAGCCUGAUCCUUGUCCUUGUGGCAAUUUUCACCUUCUGCCUGAGCUUGUUCGUCGUUGCUGCGACUUUCUACGCUGUGGGAAGCAUAUACUGGGGCAAGGAAGUGACCCCCCCAAUUGGGUUCCGAAGCAUGUGGCCGAAGUUGUUUGUCACUGCUGUGUACCCAAUGGCCUUCGUAUUCGCAGUGCUCCUGGGAUCAAUCUUCGUCUUCAGCAUUCUGAAGAUCACAUUUUCCGGCUCUCUGAUGGCAGUGUACCUGAUCCUGAUCGGCUUCACUUCCACCAUUAUGAUCUUCAUAGUUAAAAUUCUGAUCCAAGAGGCAAACGGCGUGACUUACUACGAAGAGACCUUCCGAUUCCCUGCUCUCAGGCGAGCACUUUCUAUCAUGAAUCAAAGAUGGGGAACCGGGCUGCUGUUGGUCAUCAUCUACCUCUGCGCCGGAAGCAUCUUGGGGUUUCUGAGUCCGAAUCCCGCUGUCUUGAGCGAACGAGGCAUCGAGAAGCCCGAUCUCAUUCUCGGAUUGGUAUACACUGUGCUUCUGUCAUGGUUGACUCAGCUGUCUCUCAUCUCCUGGGCCUUGUUCUACUUUUCCUGCACUGCGAGAUCCGGUGAGCAGGAUGUGGAUGACCGUGUGGAAGGUGGCUAUCAGCCAGUUCGCGCAGAACAGAUCAGGGAUGAGGACGACGAAAAGUGACGAGUCCUUCGAGAUCAGUUCGAUCCGGAGACUCCAGGUAAUUUAGGAUUAAGAGAUCCAUCUGAUCGGUCGCGUGUCUGUCAUCUGGGUUUUUGUAAUUAAUUGUGUAUAGGAGGAGAUAAACGUGGUCAUACGGAGCAGAUUCGUGAGGGCUGAGAUCGAGCUGCCAAAGCGAGCAUGUUAUCUCCCCAUCGCACGGACUGAUUGCCUCGUUUCAACUGCGAUCACCCUCGUAGGCUCAAAAUGUUCAGCUUCUCUCGUUAGCUAUCAACAUUUAAUAUGUCCCAGGACAUCAUGACUCGAGCACUGUCUCCUCUCUUCUUUCGGCCUUCUCUCCUUCUCAUUCGUGGUGAUUCUUCGUGCUGAAGCCCUCUCUCGUAUGUCAAUGCUGCACAUUACAUUCUCACCAGACUCUACAACUGGCUGUAUAAUUUACCGACUGUCGAACCAGCGCAUUACGAGUGGAAGAGAAGAAUCCAACGCAAUCGGGCUUUCGUCAUCCGUCUAACACACAAAACACGUAUUCCGGAUUAGCGAGCAGAAUAGAUCGAAAAAGAUUGAACAACAUUUC